CCAAAGUGCAAUGUCAAGUAUGUAUAAUCUGCUUUGCAUACCAUAAAAGUAACAUUCCCUAGUCAGCAUUGAACUUUAUCUGUGCAGGAGAUAAGGCGCUUUAGUUUUUGCACAGAGCGGUGUGAUCAGUAGAGGACACUAAUCCUCUCACUUUGCUGAUUUUGAGAGGAUUCUCUGAUAGGCUGUCAAAGUACAGGACGGUGGAGCAUCUACGUGGUGCAGCAAUGCGGUUGGUGCAGUUCCAGUUCAGCAAUGAUGACGGUGGAGUCAGGGUGGGCGUGGAGCAGAGGGAAGGGCUUGGUGUGGUGGACCUCAAGGCCUUCGAUGCCUCCAUGCCUUCCACCAUGAUAGAGUUUCUAGAGAUGGGCCAUAAGGGCAUGGAGUGUGCUCAGAGGGCCCUGUCCUCAGGCCAGUGUAUAGUGGCUAGGUCGGAGGUGAGGCUGCUACCCCCGGUCUUGACCCCACAGAAGGUGGUGUGCGUGGGCAUGAACUACCGGGACCAUUGCCUGGAGCAGAAUGCCCCCAUCCCCAAGGAGCCAAUAAUCUUCAGCAAAUUCUCCAGCUGCAUCACCGGCCCCUACGACAACAUCACACUGCCGGAUGAGAGCCAGGAGGUGGACUGGGAGGUGGAGCUAGCCUUUGUGAUUGGACGGAGAGGGAAACACAUCAAGGAGGAGGAUGCCAUGUCAUUUGUGGCAGGCUUCACCGUGGCUAACGACGUCACCGCUCGUGAUUGGCAGAUGAAACGCAACGGGAAGCAGUGGUUGCUGGGAAAAACAUUUGACAGCUUCUGUCCUCUCGGCCCUGCUUUAGUGACAAGCGAUGCUGUGAAAGACCCUCACAUGCUGGGGAUCCGUUGCCUGGUUAAUGGAGCAACGGUCCAGGACAGCAACACGGACCAGAUGAUCUUCAGGACAGAGAAGCUGGUGGCCUGGGUUUCACAGUUUGUGACCUUGUCCCCAGGUGAUGUGUUUCUAACUGGCACCCCCCCAGGUGUGGGCGUGUUCCGGAAUCCUCCAGUCUUUCUUAAGAAAGGAGAUGUGGUUGAGUGUCAGAUCGACCAGGUGGGGGCAAUACGGAACACCGUGGUCUGACACUGAUUGGAGUCCAUCGUCAGACAGCAUUGAUUGCGAGGCUGAUUAAGCUCUUUUGUGACGCUAAAUACCACUAAGUCAGAUGACAAGUGAAGCAACUGGCCCACCUCAUCCUGUAACAACAGAGGUGACAGAUGCAGUAUUGUCUUUAGAAAACAGCUAAUUAUUCUUUGAAACAAUUAUAGUUUGAAUGAUUAAAUAUUUCAUCAUUGUAUGUAUGAAUUGA